UCGAAUUCGUGAGAGCGCUGAUUUCGGUUUCAAAGAGGCGAGGCGAUAAAAGCGACGUCUUGAGAUGGCGGAAACUGCUCCUGCUCAACCACCAGCUGCGGCUACUUCAGCGCCUAAAAGCCCCAAGAAGAAGCGCGCCGCUCCAAAGGCCAAGAAGGUCGGCCCCAGCGUGUCCGAGCUCAUCCUCAAGGCUCUGGCCAGCAGCAAGGAGAGGAACGGCGUGUCUCUUCCUGCGCUCAAAAAGUCGCUUGCUGCCGGAGGAUACGACGUGGAGAAGAACAAUGCCCGCGUGAAGUUGGCCAUCAAGAAGCUCGUGGCCAAAGACGCCGUGGCGCAAGUGAAGGGCAGCGGCGCGUCUGGCUCUUUCAAACUCAACAAGGAAAAGGCUGCCGCAAAGGCGAAGCCCAAGUCGUCAACGGCAAAGCCCGCAGCUAAAAAGCCCGCGGCAGCCAAGAAGGUGAAGAAGCCCGCGGCAGCCAAGAAGACCGCGCCCAAGAAGUCUCCCAAGAAAGCAAAGAAGCCCGCGGCUGCCAAGGCGGCCAAGAGCCCCAAAAAGGUGAAGUCGGCUGUUAAGCCCAAGAAGGCGGCGAAGAGCCCAGCCAAGCCCAAGGCUGCGAAGCCCAAGGUCGCUAAGCCCAAGACCGUCAAGGCCAAGGCCGCCAAACCCAAGGUGGCCAAGCCCAAGAAGGCCGCGGCCAAGCCCAAGAAGACUGCGCCAAAGAAGUGAAUCCGAUGGGACGACCGACGCUCGAUUCACUCCACCUCAACGGCUCUUUUCAGAGCCACCCACUUCGUUAAAAAAGUGAACCAGAUGCUGCUGCGCUUCAAUUAGUUCAAAUUAACUGUGUAACAUUUCACCCACUCGAUGUGUUUUAAGCAUUGAUGUGAUGGGAGUGAUCGAGCCCGAAAGCAGGGAUCACAAACACAGGCGAGGCGGGUGGCAGCUCCCUCACUCGAACUGAGUGCAGAGUAAUCUCAGCGACGUCAGCAUUCUCGCUGGCGAUUCUAAUCUAAAUCCAGAUUCAAAAUCGA